AUGCCGCAGGCUGUUGUCGAGUUUAUUCAUACCCCAGCAGCUCGGGCAAACCCGUUCCACGAGCCGCUCACUCUCAUCAGCUCUCUCGGGAUUUCGCUUCUUGAGAUCUUCCACCGCCGGAGUAUACAUGGCAUGAUAUUCAACGAGGCUCAAAUGAAGGCGCUGAAGGGUUACAUUGGAAUGAUUAUGUCAAGGGACCCAAUCUUUUCGCUAUUCCCUCCCCCAUUCUUCCAUGAGAUCGACACCUUCUGCAUCCAUCAUACGUCCACCCCCGAACUUCGAAGACACGUUCCUGCUAUCUGCAAUCUAUGGCAUGCUUUCCCCAGUCUCCCGAUCGGUCACUCGCCUACUUUGCUCGACCUCCUCUUUUUCCUCAACAAGCGUGCUCGAAGUCUGUGGAAGACGAUGUUGAAUCGAUGGGAGCAAACAGAGGACCUUGCUCCAGAGAUAACUCACAAGUUUCCGGACGAUGCUGGUAUGAAGCGGGUCAAAGGGGGUGCCGUCAAGGACAGCGAGAGCCAUGCGUUGGAAGGGGAUUGCAAGAAAUACUAUGAUGCACAGAAAGCAACGAAGGGUAUGACAGGCGGCGUUGCCGGCUUGUGGUACCGCAUGGUAUCUGUUGUGCCUACCAUUUAA